UAAAAACCGAAUGAAUGAUACACAUAGAUGGAAUGCAGAGUGAUUGAAUUUAAGCGGGGAAAAACGUCAGUUGGGUGGGAUCUUAAUGGGCCAAGCAGUGACGAAUGGAUUUACCGAAACAGUCAGGGGUGUUAGGGCUUUGGAAACACUGUGAAAAACGAAAACAUUUACCUCACAAUCUUCCAAAUUCUUCCUCUCUGUCUCACUUAACUCUAGAAAGCCCAGGACACUGAAACACUAAACAACAAGCAAGCAAGCAAGAAGCGUAGGAAACAGUAAAGGCCUGAGAAAAUGGCGUUGGCAUUCGACGAGUAUGGGAGGCCGUUCAUUGUACUAAAGGAACAAGAGCAGAAAACCAGGCUGAGAGGGAUCAAAGCUCAAAAAGCCAACAUUUCCGCCGAAAAAGUUAUCGCCCGGGUUCUCCGCACCUCCCUCGGACCUAAAGGCAUGGAUAAGAUGCUCCAAAGUCCCGACGGCAAUGUCACCAUCACAAAUGAUGGGGCAACGAUAUUGGAGCAUAUGGAUGUUGACAAUCAAAUUACUAAGUUGAUGGUUGAACUAUCCCGAAGUCAAGAUUAUGAAAUAGGUGAUGGAACGACUGGUGUUGUUGUCAUGGCUGGAGCACUUCUUGAGCAGGCAGAGCGGCUAUUAGAACGUGGGAUACAUCCCAUUCGGAUUGCUGAGGGUUAUGAAAUGGCUUCUAGAAUAGCUGUUGAGCAUUUGGAGCAUAUAGCUCAGAAGUUUGAUUUUGGACCAACAAAUAUAGAACUUCUGGUUCAAACUUGUAUGACCACUCUAUCCUCCAAAAUUGUGAACCGAUGCAAGCGCCCUUUGGCUGAGAUUUCUGUUAAAGCAGUUCUCUCUGUUGCUGAUCUAGAGAGGAAGGAUGUCAAUCUAGAUCUGAUUAAGGUAGAGGGGAAAGUUGGGGGGAAAUUGGAAGAUACUGAGCUUGUAUAUGGAAUCACUGUCGACAAGGACAUGAGUCAUCCACAGAUGCCGAAGAAAAUUGAAGAUGCAAAAAUUGCCAUACUAACUUGCCCAUUUGAGCCACCUAAGCUGAAGACUAAACAUAAGGUAGACAUUGAUACAGUGGAAAAGUUUCAGACUUUGCGUCAGCAAGAGCAAAAGGAUUUUGACAACAUGGUUCAGAAGUGCAAUGAUGUUGGUGCCACCUUGGUUAUUUGUCAAUGGGGGUUUGAUGACGAGGCUAAUCAUUUAUUAAUGCCCCGUAACUUGCCUGCUGUCAGAUGGGUUGGUGGUGUGGAGUUGGAUCUCAUAGCAACAGCUACAGGUGGAAGGAUUGUGCCAAGGUUCCAAGAGUUGACCCCAGAAAAGCUGGGAAGGGCUGGUUUGGUCAGAGAGAAGUCUUUUGGCACCACAAAAGAUAAAAUGUUGUACAUUGAACACUGUGCAAAUUCAAGGGCUGUAACUAUAUUUAUUCGCGGAGGGAACAAGAUGAUGAUAGAGGAGACAAAGCGGAGUAUUCAUGAUGCACUGUGUGUGGCCAGGAAUCUCAUUCGCAACAAUUCUAUUGUCUAUGGUGGUGGAUCAGCCGAGAUUUCUUGCUCAAUUGCUGUAGAGGCCGCUGCAGAUAAAUAUCCCGGCAUUGAGUAGUAUGCAAUCCUGGCAUUUGCUGAUGCUUUAGAUUCUGUCUCCAUUGCCUUGGCCGAGAAUAGCGGCCUUUAACCUAUUGAGACACUGUCAGCAGUGAAAUCUCAGCAAAUUAAGGAGAAUAACCCUCACUUCGGAAUAGAUUGCAACGAUGUCGGAACUAAUGAUAUGCGCGAGCAAAAUGUGUUCGAGACGCUGAUCGGGAAGCAGCAGCAGAUCUUACUGGCAACACAGGUUGUUAAGAUGAUUUUGAAAAUUGAUGAUGUUAUUUCCCCAUCAGACUAUUGAGGUUUAAUAUAAACUGGUUCAUCAAGAGGUUAACCCAUUUUCAUGGUUUUGAUAUGGUUCAAUCUGGAGAGGGAAAAAAAAGAGAAUGUUUUUGCUUAUAAA